CAUUGAUAUGACUGCUAAAAGAUUUAGAUCUUUAUGUGAGCUUAACUUGUUGUCAGAAGAGAAUUGCUAGAUCAAAGUUGUCGAAACUAAUUUGUCAGAUCAUCGUGCAAUGUGCUGUAUCAAGUGGGUAUGCUGGAGUUUUUGUUCCCAGAUGAUUAUAACAUACUUACCAGUUCGUUGUGACUCUCUGGAGUCAAAGUUUACGCAGUUUGAGAUUCUCAAGCCAGAUAUGAUUCGACUGAAAGUCAAGAGAGAAACUGGCAAUGUCAAGGUCAAAAUGUCUUUAUUUGCUCUCGGAAGAAAGUUUGUGAUGAGUCUGUAUCCUGGCGCAUCAAACCUCCAUUCUAACUUUACUGUCUCUCUGGUGGACAGUCACGGGGUCAUGACCCCACACUCAACUGACCUCGAUCUGAUUUACACUGGUCACUUGCAAGGUGACGAUCUCAGCGGCGUUGACAUGGUGAAUGUGGAGAACAUCUGGGUGGGGCGCAUUUUCACCGGAGAAACUAUUUUCAGCAUUGAGCCGUUGAGUCUUCACGACGCAAGGAGUCACCCACAUCACAUGAUCUUCUACGACGUCAGAGACUUGACGGUCAACCACAGCGAAAGUGGGUCGCCUUUUUGUCGCGAAAUAUUCUUCGACACGGACGGGCGUCUUCAUUUUAAAAACGAAACAUUCAGAAACAGUCAUCAUAUGGAGAGCAAUCGAAGAGCUAAUUACGAUAAGCCUAAAUUGCAUAAAUAUAAUAAAGAAUCGAACUCUAGGUUCGUAAGAAACAUACUGACUCUAAAUGCAUGUGAAGUUCUAGCCGUGGCUGAUUACAGGGCAUUAUUGGGCAUUGGCCAGGGCAGUGUGCAAAAGAUGGUCGGAAUACUUAUUAACAUAUACCAGUCAGUGGAUCGAAUCUUUAACACCACGGAAUUCGCCAAUUUCGUAAACCAACGGAUCGUAUUAAAAGCUGUCCUCGUCCAUACGAGUUUUAGCUAUGUCUACCCAGGAUCGAUACAUUACAACAUGGAGGAAUCGUUCAACGAUGCCACCAAGUUUGUAUACAGCCUAGCAGACUUCCCCUACUUCGCUCAGUUCUGCUUGAUGCAUCUGACGUCACAGCGGAACUACGGGGAGAUGCUGGGAUUGGCGUCGACGGCGGAAGCUUCCGGGUCUGAGUGGAACAACGGGAUCUGCUCUGGUCGGCGCGGCGUGGCGCGAAAUGUAGGAUUGAGCACCCCCAUCAGGCUUACAGGAGAACAAAUGCCAAUAUCGAAGUAUUUCACGGUUAUCGCCCAUGAGCUUGGCCACAACUGGGGGAGUGACCACGAUAAAGACGAUGAUGGCCCCUGCAGUCCGUCGUCCGAAGAAGGGGGAAAGUACUUGAUGUGGGCGCGGUCUGGAAUGGGGAUAGACGCCAACUCUAUGAAGUUCUCUCCCUGCUCGAUUGCGGAGAUCUCUGAAGUUCUGGAGGCUAAAGCCCACAAAUGUUUUUUACCCUACAAUAUAAAUUCAAGUUAUUGUGGCAAUGGACUCUUGGACUAUGGGGAGGAGUGUGAUGUCGGGAUACUUCAAGAAGAUCCAUGCUGCCAGGAGAACUGCAGACUUCGCACCAACGCCACGUGCAGCCCUUUCAGUCACCCGUGCUGCACGAUCGACUGCCACAUAGCCCCGUCCACGCAGCUGUGCCGAGACAGUACACUCACUCAGUGCUACUCGACCCCUUACUGCUCCGGAAAUGACUUCCGGAAGUGUCCUUCGCCCGAAGCCCUCCCGAACAACUCUUCGUGCGAGAGCCGGGGCACCUGCUGGUACGGCCGUUGCCUAUCCUACUGCGAGAAUCUAGGGCGGGGCUCAAACCCACCUCGCCAGCUCGAGCCUUGCACGUGCGAUGAGAACACCGUGACCAUGUGUACCCACUGCUGCCGUGACGCCGCCUCUCCUAAAGAUUGUGUCCAGAUGAGUCUCAAAAUGGAAGACGGUGAACCUUGCUUGAUAGGAUUCUGUAAAAAUGGUGUUUGUCGCUUGUCCCUAGUCUCGGAUAUUUAUGGCCAGUCUCGUUCUGAAGUUGGCAGCAAAUAUUUACACUUUGUACACACUUUGAAAUGUAUCAUGCUGCUUGCCUUCCUAUUCGCGCUGAAUUAACUCUUUCUUUCCGUAAUUAUUUACCACAUUCUGGUGGAAUCAACGCUGGUGUCGUCAGUUAGGAGAGAAAGAGUUAAACAGGCCACAAAAAAUUCUCCAUAAACAAUAAUUCAAACGAGGGUUUAAAAAAAAGCUAAGAAUUAUUUUUGAUGUAUACUUUGACAAUUUAACACAUUUUUGUUUUUUUUCAAAAUAAAACUA